AUGGAGAGCUUCGACGAGGUAUCCCGCGCCCGGGAUCCUCAGGAGGAGUGUGUUGCGGUCAACAACGAUCCCUCCAGAACCCCAUCCGUUACAGAUAGCAAUGCGCCAAAAUCCAUAUCAGGGCCGUCCAUCGCAACUUCAGAUACUUCUGCUUUAUUUCAAACGGCGAGCAAGGCAUCUACAGAAAAAGAAGGUUCAGCACAUCCAGAGGAUCCGCAGCAAGAGAUCUUCAAACCAUCCCCGGAUCCUCCGCCGUACGCUCCGUCAACAUAUGAUUCUUCGACUGGGAUACAGCUGAGUGAAGAUGAAGGCGGCGGUGGGGAGGAUGAAGAACCUCAUAUUGCGACGUCUUUUCAGCGAGAUUCGACGCUAACUUCGGCACCAAGGCGACUAUCCGUGUUCUAUGAUACUGGGAGUGAAGGUAUCAACCGCAUGCACAAGUUUUCUCUAUAUGAAACAGCUAGUCGAUUCUAUAUGGUUGGCAUGGAUUUGUCAGAAACCAGGUUCAGAAUAUUGAAGAUCGACCGGACGUCAGAGACCGGUGAUUUGAGCGUUGCAGAAGACGACAUUGUCUAUAACAAGCGGGAAAUGAGCCAGUUGUUGGACGCUAUUGAUGAUGGGAAUAAGAGCUCGGGAGGACUGAAGUUGAAAUGCAGUGCAUGGGCACUGCUGGGAUUCAUCCGCUUCACCGGUGCAUACUACAUGCUUCUUGUGACAAAGAGAAGCCAGGUCGCUAUGUUAGGAGGUCAUUACAUUUACCAGGUUGACGGAACUGAACUGAUCUCCUUGACAACCUCAUCAUUAUCGAAAAUCAAACCAGAGAAGAACCACGAAGAAGCCCGGUAUAUUGCAAUUCUGAACAACCUCGACCUCACCCGCUCGUUUUACUUUAGUUAUUCCUACGACAUCACACGAACACUACAGCACAAUAUCUGUCGCGAACGUAAGGCAAAUCAAGAUGGACGGCCCAGUAAUUAUUCCCAAGAUUACAACACGAUGUUUAUAUGGAACAACCACCUCCUCGAUCCGGCGCUGUCAAACCUCAAGAGGCCAUGGGAAUGGUGCUUACCAAUUAUCCAUGGUUACGUCGACCAAGCAAAGCUCUCGGUAUAUGGACGGCAUGUCUAUAUCACGAUCAUCGCUCGUCGGUCUCGAUUCUUCGCAGGAGCUCGGUUCUUGAAGCGCGGUGCUAAUGAUGUAGGAUAUGUCGCCAAUGAUGUCGAAACUGAGCAGAUUGUGUCAGAACAGGCAGCAACAUCAUUUCAUUCACCAGGUCCGGGGCUUUAUACAAGUCCCCUGUAUACAUCCUAUGUCCAGCACCGUGGAAGUAUUCCUCUUUAUUGGACCCAGGAGAAUUCUGGGGUAUCACCAAAGCCAGAUAUUGAACUGAAUUUGGUGGACCCCUUCUACUCUGCAGCAGCUUUGCAUUUUGACAACUUGUUUGACCGGUAUGGCGCACCAAUAUACGUUCUGAAUUUGAUCAAAGCAAGAGAGCGCACGCCGCGAGAAUCCAAACUUCUAAAAGAAUACACCAAUGCGAUCAAUUACCUCAACCAAUUCCUUCCAAAGGACAAGAAAAUCAUCUACAGGCCAUUUGAUAUGAGCCGGGCCUCGAAAAACCGUGACCAAGAUGUGAUUGCAACACUCGAGGACAUUGCAGGCGACAUAGUUCCCAAGACCGGCAUCUUCAAGAACGGCUAUGAUGUGGAAUCAGGGUUGCAAUUACAAAACGGUAUUGCAAGGACUAACUGCAUCGACUGCCUUGAUCGUACCAACGCCGCUCAGUUUGUGGUUGGGAAACGUGCACUUGGCCAUCAACUCCAUGCUCUAGGUAUCAUUGAAGGCACAACAGUGGAGUAUGAUACUCAUGCCGUUAACCUCUUUACGACGAUGUGGCACGACCAUGGUGACACAAUUGCCAUCCAAUAUGGUGGAUCACAUUUAGUCAACACCAUGGCGACAUAUCGCAAAAUAAACCAGUGGAGCAGCCAUUCAAGGGACAUGGUAGAAAGCUUUAAACGAUAUUAUAACAACUCGUUCCUCGAUGCUCAGCGUCAAGAAGCAUACAACCUCUUCCUUGGUAAUUACAUUUUCUCCCAGGGACAACCAAUGUUAUGGGAUCUCUCUACGGACUACUAUUUGCACCAUGCAGACCCGCGAUCUUGGUCAAAUAGAAAGCGACCAAACUAUAUCUGCUGGUAUACGCCGGAGAACCUAAAGCAGAAAGAGUUACCACCUCCGCCCCAGCGGCCAAAGGAACCUUUAUCGUGCUAUGAUGAUUACUGGCUUGAAUACUAUCGACCGCUAGCUAUUUCUUCAUUCCCGAAAAUAUUCUCUUACAGACUGAAUUCCAACAAACAUCGAUGCCCACCUCUCCGUUCCGGCCUUAGCCCAUUUGACGUCUGGAUCCCACACGAACAAGUCAAUCGCGAAAGACACCCACAACGAGGUGUCAAGAUCCAAGAACCUUCAGAUGACACGCGUACGAAUACAUCGAGCCCCCAACAAAACUGGCAAUACCAACAACCCUCCGCUGAAAAACGCCCUCCAGCAGGCGGCAUCAUGAAAGAAUUUCGUCCAUUCACCAAAGCCUCCCCCUCCUAUGAAUCCCAAUCCCAAUCCCAAUCUCAACCACAACUACCCUCAACACCCAGCAAAGCCCAAAUCGCCCAAUGGACCCUGAGCCAACUCGUAAAAGACUCCCUAAACCCUUCCGUCAAACCCGCCGAAGCCGAAGAAUACGCACGCUACAUCAACCACCCCCUCAAGGUGCCUCUCGUUGUGACUUCUGAAGAUGAGCUGAUCGCUCGUGAGAAAGGCGGGUCGAGUUUGGAUUUGCUAGAGUAUGCAAAUACGUGUAAUGUCGAGGAGGGGACGUUGGAAGCGAAUGCGGAGCAGAAUGUGGAGGAUUAUUUGGAAUUUUUGGACGUUUCGGAGAGUGGGAUUUCUGUUGCGAAGGAGGAUUAUGAAAAGAAGAGGUAUAAGAGAUAUCGGCAGUGGUUGAGGGGUAAGAGUUUGUUUAAGCAGAGGGUUGAUCUUUGA